AGUCGUUGCGAGUUGCAGCUAAAGAGUCAUCGUGCAACACAAGAGCACAAUCGCGCACAUGUAAGUCUACGUGACCGCGCAGCGCAAGAUGUGACGAUGACCUACCAACGAGUCCUGUUACGGCUCGCCUUGCCAACUCCAUUCACUCUUUUUAGCCUCGAGACAUUUUCAAGACAGAUUUGAGGAGCUCGUGAGAAGCAGCACGGUUGCCGUGUACGAGAAGCCGGUGUGGGCGGGUUUGGCAACGAGUUUAGUUUCGCAGCAGUUUUGGUUUCUAUAAUAAGAAGCAGGGUUGCAGCAGUCCUGCAUGCUGGUGUUGUGUCAGUUUGUUGCUUCCUCCUCUUCUUCGUCCUUUUCUUCUUCUGCUCUCCGGUUUCCGCUCGUAUCGACGCUUCCAGGGGUACUGACGUUACCUCAAGGCGGUAGGUGGCAGUAGUGAGUCUGAACAUCCCUGAAAAGAAGAAGAAGAAGAUAAAUCAUCAGUACAUAACAUAGCUAAACUAGCUACUUUAAGCGAAUAUAGGUAUUUAACUUGACCACAACACCUUCUCAUUGAGGCAGAAUGCCUCGUUAUGCGCAGCUCGUGAUGGGCCCGGCGGGGAGCGGCAAGAGUACCUACUGCUCCACCAUGGUCCAGCACUUAGGGUCCAUGAACCGCUCAGCCCAUGUAGUCAAUCUGGACCCAGCAGCUGAGCACUUUGACUACCCCGUCAUGGCAGACAUCCGUGAGCUCAUCUCGGUGGAAGAUGUAAUGGAGGACCCGUCUCUCAGAUUUGGCCCUAACGGAGGCCUGGUCUUCUGCAUGGAGUACUUUGCCAACAACUUUGACUGGCUGGAUGAAAGCCUGGGUCAUGUGGAGGAUGACUACAUACUGUUCGACUGCCCAGGUCAGAUUGAACUUUAUACACACCUCCCUGUAAUGAAGCAGCUGGUGGAGCAGCUCCAGCAGCGGGAGUUUCGGGUGUGUGGGGUCUUUCUGGUAGACUCCCAGUUCAUGGUGGAGUCUUUUAAGUUCCUCUCAGGAGUCAUGGCUGCCCUGAGUGCCAUGGUGUUAUUAGAGAUCCCUCAAAUAAGCAUCAUGACAAAAAUGGACCUGCUUAGUCCCAAAUCCAAGAAGGAGAUUGAGAAGUACCUGGACCCAGAUAUGUACUCAAUGAUGGAAGAUAGCUCGGAUAACAACAGAAGCACAAAGUUCAAGAAUCUGACUAAAGCCAUCUGUGGUCUGAUUGAUGACUACAGUAUGGUGAGAUUCCUGCCCUUUGACCGCACAGAUGAGGAAGGUAUGAACAUAGUACUGCAAAAUAUUGACUUCUGCAUACAGUAUGGAGAGGACCUGGAAUUUAAGGAGCCAAAGGAGGUUGAUGAAGAGUCAGCUGACCUAAAUUAUGAUGAGGCUUUUCAAGACAAAGUGGACAGCUGAGGAGUCGAGUAACUCCAGGACUAGUUUGAGGAUAACAACCAGGAUUCCCUAUAUCAACCCCAGAUGGAGAAUAGCAUGAAACUGCAAGGACAACAAUAAACGGGCAUGUGUGGGGAAAAGAAUGACAGAAGAUCAUGAGUACCAUGUAUCGUUUAUGUUCAGAAGUGUUUUGUUCCUGUCCUUUUUGAUAUUUUGGGGGAUUUUAACCCAUUCAUGUUUCAUUAUUUCAGGGCCAGGUUUAAUUGUAAAGAGUCGUUUGUAAAUACAUGUAUUAAUGCUAUAUUUUUAAAUAAAAUGAAAAAAUAUUCAACUUGA